AGGAUCGGGAGGUUACUUUGCUGAAUUUAGGUGAAACCAACUAUGUGGAACCAGUGGUAGAGCUUGAGGCAUCCUUUGCUUUGAACUUGUUUCCUGAUGGGUUUUUUAUUGGAAUACCUACUGAGGGUAUGCUCUUGCCUUUGCUAGGCGGUGUUCCAGUGUUGCAUCCUUAUGAUAGGUCAUCAAAGACCUUAUUCUCUGCUAUUGAAAAUGGCUGGCUUCCUGGAGAUAUCCUAGAUGACAUACCUUGCAAGUACCUCAAUGGAACCAUCAUUUGUGAGCAGGUGUGGGACUAUCGAUCCUGUAUGACUAAAUUGGGUGAUAAUGAACCCUCGGGAGAUGAAUUUCCAAAAUUGAAGAAAGUUAACCUAAGAAUGGGCAUGGAAAAUGUUGUCAAGGACAUGCUAUCAAUUGCAGAUGAUUCAUGGACUUACAAUGAUUUGUUGCAAGCUGAGUCCCAGAUCAUUAAGGCCUUGCGACCAAGACUUAAUUUGGAUCCAAAGCCGUUGCUGAACAGACUUUGCAGAAAUCCUGUUCCAAAAAUGCUUGAUUUAGGUAUACAGAAGAAAUCUACAGAAAAGCAUAAAGACACAGCAGAAACAGACUAUGCGUCUUCUCUACAUGUUUCGAGAAAUGUGUUAAGCAGCACUCAAGAGAAAAACUUGGUGAAUAAUUGCUCAUUAGAACAGGAGGAAAGUUCAGUUGUGAAUUGCUCAUUACCUAAGCCCCACUAUACGGCAUCUGUGUCUAGUUCAGGAGCAGUUCUUGAUAAAACUCUUGGAGUCUCUUGCACUACCCAGAAAACUUCUUUGCACAAUGGAAAGCUGAGAAUAUCCGCCGAACCUCCCUCUCCUCCACUAAAAAGGCCAAAACAAGAGCCACUGGAAAUGGUAUCUUCACAUAUUAAUAGUGAUCAAAGCAAGAUGCUUCCACGCCAGAAGCAACCGGAAGCUCCAAAUAUGCAGUACCUAAGUAAUGAAAGGGAGGAUAAUGUCAUGCCUGUGCCCAAAAUUUUGAAGCAAGGACCUGUAAAGUUUUCUAAUGUUAAAGAAGAACCCACUGACUUGGUAACUUCAUAUAAGGCUUAUAAGCCGUUGUUGAGGGCUAGUGAUGUUCAUGCAGUGCAAAUUACAAACAAGAUAAUGGCUCACGAAAAGCCUUUGUCACAUGGCAGAUCUCUUAGUUCUCAUUUGCAGUAUGGUAGUAACAGUCAUAAUGAUAGGUGCACAAAGAAGGAUAUUUCCUCUAGGAAAAGAAAAUCGUCAGAGGGCCCCCUAAAUUUUGAGUUGGAAGACAAUCAAACUAAAGGAGCUCCAUGCAGCUCAUAUCCAGCUAGUGCUGGUAUUGGGAUUCACAAGGAUAAAGCUGCAAUAGUUUCUACAGAUUCAAUUGAGAAGGUCCCGAUAAGUUCAGCUCCAAAAACUUCUGUUGUGCAAGCAAAUCACUCUAAAAAACGACGGAAGAAACCUGAAGCUCUUAUAGAAGUUGCAGCUGGUACUUGUAACGCUUCAAAUGACAAUUCUUCAAUGGGAAAUACAUCUAUUCAGCCUACUGUGGAAACAAAUGUUGAUCUUGAUCCUGCUCUUCAUAGGAAGUUUUCAACAAUUGUAACAAUUAUCCAGAGGCAUGGACUAGACAACAAGAAGGCCAAAGUUGACAAAUAUUUAUCAAGAGUAUCAUUAUCUAGUUGCUUCCUACUACCAGACAAAGCUUUAAGGCUUGAGGACACUGAAGAAUGCGGGUCUUUAACAGAAAAUACGUGUAUGUCAAAGUACUUAAUUGGUGGGAGUAGGAAUGCUUGCAAGACCCGAAUACUAACAUUUCAACGUGUAAGGUUCUUCUUUAGAGAUACUGGUAUCCCCUUUUGGGUUGAUGAAUCUCGCUGCAAACUUGUAUUGCUCGAGUUUGAGGAGCCACAUGUUCAUGAAGUAGCAGUAGAAAUAAUCUUUGAUCAAGGGAAGCGCUUUAAUAUUGCUAUACUUCCUAGCUCUCAUCAUGCAGAUGUCUUUGCUGCUCAAUUCACUAGGCUGAUGAAACGCGAUGGAUAUGAGCUUUUGAAUGAUCAGUUGCAACGCUCCUCAUCUAGUAUUGCUAAUGCUCUUUGUGGUAGCUCUGUGGCUGCCACUUUGCCUAAUAUUACCCGGCUACCGUAUGCAACACCUGCUUCCAACCAUUUAUUACAUCCAGCUGUUCCAUUCGGCAACAACUUGUCAACCAUAAACCUGCAGCAAUUUCCACUUCUGGAUAUUCAAUCCUUAAUAGGGAUGCCACCUCCCUUCUUAUCCUUAAUCCGGCCACAGCAGUUGGAAACUCUCUCUAACCUCAGUUCCAUGAGUCAGCAACAAUCAGAUUUCAACAAUCCAUUACCUUAUACCCCAAAAGCUUUAUCGGAUAAAAGAAAUGCGAGAAUUGGCAACGUAUUAAUAAACAACCCUUCAGAUAUUGGAAUUCUUUUGAACCGAGGGCAAUCAUACAACCAGGGAACUCACUUGGUGAGCAAUAAUAUGCUAAUACAGAAUUUUUCUCAUCGAAAUGAUGGGAUGAUAGGGGAUGCAUCUCUUCUGAAUCAGGCAUUGGGAAGAAGCUGCCUUGAUCAGUUCAAAUACAAAGCAAAGGCUCCAAUAGUUUUACCAGAAAGGGCGGCUAUGAACUUGUGCACCAACAACUACGACCUGUGGCAGCAGUUUUGUGCACAGCAAAAGGAAAAGUUAUCACAACUAACGUUACAACAGAAGGAGCAGCUGCUGCUGCUGCAGUCCAGCUUGUCCCUGAAGCAGGAUUCACCAGCUCUAACCAGGAUAAAUCAGCCUUUGUCAGUGAGUUGUAGUGAAGUGAGCAUGCAGUCUCGAGCUCACCAUGUGAAUGGUCAUGUUGCUACUGUGGGCAGCCCACAAAUUAGCUCCCAGACCAUUGGCUCUGGUAGUAGUGUGACAAGCACACCGGUUGAGCUAGGGGCGCCUAUCAGAGGAAGCGAACAUGGAAAAGAGAUUGUCGAAAUGUGAUAGAGUUGUCUUAUAGCUCUUUUUUUUUUUUUUUUUUUUUUUUUUUUUUUUUUUUUUUUUUUUUAAGUUUUUGCACUAUAGUUUUUGGUUUCGCUCUUGUAGAUAACUGAGUUUUUCCUAUUGUGUAAAUGGCAGUGCAUCAUUUGUAGAAUUUCAACCUUUUCCUUUUCUUUGCUUCCUUUUAAUUCACCAUGGAAACAAGUUAAAGACUUCCUGUUAUCCAACAAAGAUCAUUUUUUGUGUUAA